AUGCAGGCGGUCAAGGGUCCCGAGACAACAAAGCUCAAGCUCAAGUUGAAGCAGCCUGAACAAGCAGUGCUCCCCGAAAAUGAUGUGAGAAAGUUGUUCCAAGCAGUGGAAGAGAACGACACCAAGGCUCUACGUCUGUAUCUGACUCAGAGAAAUGUUCACCCUGACACCCUUUUCGAAACCAACAUAUUCGAGGAGAACACCUUCACUUGGUCAGCUCUCCACGCUGCUGCCUACUAUGGAGCCAAGGACGUUGUCGAUCUGCUUAUGGAAUUCAAUGCCAAUGUCGAACUCGAGGAUACAUGGUACAGGGGUCGUCCUCUUGCCUGGGCUGCAUUCGGAGGUCAUUUGGAUGUCGCAAAGCAACUUAUCGGAAAGUACGGUGCAGACAAGAAGGCCAAGAACGAGCACGGACAGGUUGCACUGGAGCUUGUGUAUGAGUCGUCCCCAGAGUGGGAUAAAAUGUUUGCAGAGACAAAGUCAACCAAGGCGGGAAAGCCCAAACGGAAUGGAGACGACAAGGAUGCAGCAAAACCUCAGCAAAAGGAGUCAAAGCCUGGCAAGGAAGGAAAGAAUAUCCUCACGAUCCCUGCCAGCCCACUCGUCGGUGCCUUUAACGACCUCUAUAAGCUGAUUAUGAACCACAAGGACAAGACCGGUCGCGAAUUAGCGGACAUCUUCUUGACCCUUCCAUCGAAAGAUGAGUACCCAGAGUACUACGAAGUCAUCAAAUCGCCCAUGUCUCUGCAGCUUGUCCAGGCCAGGAUAAAGAACGGACACUACAAGAAUGUGGACGACUUUGAUCGGGAAUUCCAGCUUAUUUUCGAGAAUGCGCUCAUCUUUAACGAAGACGGAUCACGAGUUAACAAGGACGCCAGAGUGCUUCUGAAGCUGUUCAACACCAGAAAGAAAGACGUCUACUCUUCCUACAAGUUGGUUGACAAUCCCAAGGCAUCGGCUGUUGAUAAGAGUGACAGACAAAAGGUGCCAAAGCACGCAAAGGACAACUUUACUGUUCAGAAGGGAGAGUUCGUUGAGUUGACCGACCCUUUCAGGACCAUCUUGCUUGUCGAGCGAUUGGAAGUCGAUUCCAGGCAAGUUCCACCACGCAUGAGGGGCAACCGAUUUAUUGCUGGCUCAAAGUUCCUUCGACCUGAGCAAACUCUUCAGGUUCCAGGACAGACGUUCUACGAGAAGGAGGUGCUGAAGGCGUCAGGAGAAUGGGAGUUUGACUUUGCGCUGGUCUCUCAUAAAGUCUACGUGCAAGCCCACAAGGACUAUGUUCGCGGCUUGGCCCUUGAUUUCGACCCCAAGGAUGUGUACGUCUGCGAGAAUCGAUACUCCGAGACAGGAAAGUCAGCCUUCCUAAUCAAGGACUGGAAGCGCGUCUAUACCACCGAUCCUUUACCAACCCCGGUUCGUCCUUACCCGUCACCCCUCAAGCUCCCCAAGUUUGCUGUCAAGAGCGAUGUUACCGCAGAGGACAGCAAGAACUCGGUUGGCCAAUUCAACGGACGUCGGGCUGCGUCAACUAGCCAAGGCGACAGUGGCAAAAAGAACAAGCGGACAUUAUCGGGCAAGAAGACAAAGCCGUCAAAGCGCCGACAGAGCCGGAGUAACGAUGACGAUGAAGAUGAUGACGACGAUGACGAGGACGAGGACGAGGAUGUGGAUGUUGACGGUAUGACCUCGCCUGUCCAGCAGUCUUCACUGAGACGCCGCUCCAGCCAGAUGCCACGACAGCAGCUGCCUCAGGCACAGGUACAGCAUCAACAGCAACAGCCGCACCAACCUAUGCACCCACAGCAGCAGCAGCAACCACAUCCACACCAACACCCUCACCAACAGCAACCGCAACACCCUCAGCAGCAACAUCCACACCCACACCAGCAACAGCAACACCUCCAGCAGCAGCAAUACCAGCAGCAGCAGCAAAUGCAACAACAACAGAUGCAGCAGCAGCAGCAGUUCCAGCAGCAGCAACAGCAACAGCACCAACAGCCCAUGAACUUUCAACACCCGCAUCAACCUCCACAGCAGUUCAACCCACAAUACAACAUGCAACAGCAGCAGCAUAUGCACCAGCAGCAGCAACAGCAACAGUUUUCCCAGCAACAGCAGCAACAGCAGGCACAGCAGGCACAGCAGGCACAACAGGCACAACAGCGCUCACGUCGUGUUUCCUCUCAGAUGAGCGCAAACAACAACCCUAAUAUGAUGCACCCUCAGCAGCAACAGCAGCUCUUGAUGCAGCAACAGCAACAGCAGCAGCACUUGUUCCAACAACAACAAGCAUUGCAAUAUCAGCAGAUGCAAUCUCAGCCAAUGCAGCCUCCACAGAUGCAGCCGCCUCAGAUGCAACCUCCUCAGAUGCCACCUCAGCUCCAACACCCACAGCCGCCUAUUAUCCCUCAAAGCCCAACGGGAUCACAGCCAAUGAGUUCUCCUGGAUCUCCAGGAAGUCUCCAGAUGGGCAUGCAAGGAUCUGCUAUUGAUUCGAGGACCGGUGUGCAACUCCCAGCGGGCACACCUCAGAUCUUUACUCCUGCUGAUAUUUCUACUGUUUACGACGCCAACGUCGGCCCCAGAAAAGGACAUGCUAUGAUUCAGUCGAUCAAGGUGGAUACGGAGGACAAAUCAUUUGGAAUGAGCCUUGGAUGUGAGACGUAUGCACACAGCAUCUCUGUUCACAAGGACGCGGCAUCGGUGACGGUUAUCCCAUUGUUGGCCGCACAGCUUGCACCCAUUCAACAGCAGAUCGGAAUGUCAGUGUUCCAGAAUGGACGGAAAUUGAUGCCAACUGGAUUGGUAGCACUUCCGUCGCACCCCUCGAUCGGACACCACGUUUAUACCAUUCCACUGGCUCCUGGCUUGACGACGGUUGACAUUUGGAUCAGUGCUCAGGUCGGGGGUCUCUUCCAAGGAGGAGGGCCAGGUGGUAAAAUGGAGACACAGCAGUUCUUCCUGUUUAUCCAACGCAAUAGCCCUAAGCAAGUUCAAGACAUCAAGCAGUUCCUCGAGAUUGCCCGCAGAAAGGACGCCAAGUCCGGCCGUAUCAAGAAGAACGGCAGCCAGAUCAAGUUCAAGGUCCGUUGCUCCCGUUACUUGUACACUCUCGUCAUCAACGAUGCCGCCAAGGCCGAGAAGCUCAAGCAGUCUCUCCCCCCCACUCUCUUGAUCGAGAACAUCAAGAACUAA